AUGCUGGUGAAGGCGGAGAGCCCCGCGCCGCCGGCGGAGGACGAGCUGCUGCUGCUGGGCCUCGCCUCGCCCGCCCCCUCGCUGCCGUCCAGCGCCGGCGACGAGGAGGAGGAGGAGGAGGAGGAGGAGGAGGAGGAAGAGGAGGAGGAGGCGGCCUCCCCGGCUCGGCCCGGCUCGGCUCGGCCGUCGGGGCCGCGGCGGAGGGAGGCGAAGCGGCGGCCGGGGCGGUGCCGCACGGCGGAGGCGGCGCAGCGCCUCAAGCGGAGCCGGCGGCUGAAGGCCAACAACCGGGAGCGCAACCGCAUGCACCACCUGAACGCGGCGCUGGACGCCCUGCGCGACGUGCUGCCCACCUUCCCGGAGGACGCCAAGCUCACCAAGAUCGAGACGCUCCGCUUCGCCCACAACUACAUCUGGGCGCUCACCGAGACGCUGCGCCUGGCCGGGGCGGCGGCGGCCAGGGGCGGCCCCGACGGCGGGCUGGAGGCCAGCCCCUCGCCGGCCUCCUCCUGCAGCCCGGCGCCCUCCGCCUCCCCCUACGCCUGCACUUUAUCGCCAGCCAGCCCCGACGGCUCCGCGUCGGACGCCGAGCACUGGGUGCCCCCCCGGGGCCGCUUCGUGCCCCCCCCGCCGCCGCCGCCGCAGCCUCCCCGCCGCUGCCUCUAGCCCUGCCGCCCGCAGCCCCCUCCCCAAAUUUUCUCCCCCCCCUCCGUCCCAAAUUUUCUCUGCCCCCACCUCCGACGUUGCACUUUGCCCGCUCUCCCAGCUCCCGGGCCUUUUGUGUGUCCCGUCCCCCCGUUCCUUCCCUCCCGCUCCCCGUUUCGCCAGCUGUCUCUUGUGAUUUACGAGGU